AUGGAGCAUAUUACAGCCAAGCUUGGAGGCUCAGAUCAAGCAAAAGUUUUACACGAUACAUUACCAAAGAAGAGGAAUGAAUUAUACUGCCAUGGUCAUGAUUUUAGGAAAUCUGAUUCGUUCUGGUUCUUGAAUACAGAGGGGAACAAGUCAGGCAUAUACAAUCUUUCUAAAGAUCACAAGCCUGAUCUUGAAGUUGAAAAAGAAAGGAUACUGAAAGCUGGUGGAUUUAUUCACGGUGGGAGAAUCAAUGGAAGCUUGAAUCUGACAAGAGCCUUUGGUGACAUGGAGUUAAAGCAGAAAAAGGUUUUACCAGCUGAAAAGCAAAUGGUUACUGCCGAUCCAGAUAUAAACACUCACACAAUUUGUUUCACAGAUCUGACCACAAUGGUUCCUUUCGUUGAUGGAGGGAGUAACAUUGCUGCCCAGAAAUUCCAUGUCUCCGUGUCUUCGAAGAUUUCGCUCCCAUUGCUGACAGAGACUACGAUCUCUUUGACGUCAUUGGUCAGCUCCGCGUGGUCAGCGCUGACAACCUCAAAUCAACUACCGCUGGUGAAACUCCAAGGUUGUCUCUACGGAUACAAAGAUACAGCUUCUGAAUCAUAUGAAAGUAGAUGCCAGAGGAGGAGCUUGUCAGGGAUAGAGGAAAAUACGAUCUCAGAGUAUAAGAACGUGAAGGAGAAGAAGUUCAUCGACAAGACUGUGGAUGCUGCUGCUUGGCCUACACAGUUCACAAUCCCAACAACAACAACUUUCCCGAGCCUAAAGGUUAAGCUUGCAUUCUCCUUAACACCCACUUGGUAUAAAUUGGUGAAACUCUGUCAUUCAGAAAUGUACCCGAACCCGGGUGUGAAUCCGUUGGAGAGAAGAGGGUACUUAUAUGGGAGCGUGAUGGCCUUACUCAUGGGGAUAGUUGGGGUGAUGAGGCUGACCAAUAACAUGCCAAGGAGGCUCACUGAGGCGGUGGUGAAGAAGAUGACAGAUCUGGACGAGAAAUGCAGAUCCAUGGAUGCUCAGGCUAAGAUUUAUCUCGAGAGGGAGAAGAUUCUCGAUGCUGCACUUCGUCGUGUUGACCAGCUCGAGCUUCAGUUGUCUGAAACCAAGAAGGCUUUGGACGGGACAAUGACUAGGCAACAUGAGAUUAUGGCUUACAUCGAGAAGAAAAAGAAGAGGAAGAAUUCAUAUUGCUCAAGUUGCAUCCAGUGGAAAAAUGCUGACAUGGAGACCAUGAAAUUGCUGCAAGAAACAAUUUUUUUUCACACUUAA